UUGACAUUCUCCAAUCACAACUUUCCAAUAUUAAUCUCUGACCAAUAUCACCACCAUUGCCGUCUGAUUUAUACAUACACACAAGCUGACACGCAGAGAGAGAGAGAGAGAGAGAGAGAUGGGUGAAGGAAUAGUGGAGAAGGCUCUAAGCUGCCUUGGGAGAGGAUUCGAUUUAACGUCAGAUUUCCAGCUCAAGUACUGCAAAGGCAAAGGAAGAUUGGUUUUGCUUGAUGAAGCACACAAACGAGAAUUACAUGUGCCCGGUUUCGGAGCCUUCAAGGAUGUCUCUGUCGAUAUCAAAUGCGACAAAGGCGAUCGAACCAGAUAUCAAUCCGACAUCCUCAACUUCAAUCAGAUGUCGGAGUUUUUCAACCGAAGGUCGUCGGUGCCGGGGAAAAUCCCGUCGGGGUUUUUCAAUAGGGUGUUUGGUUUCGAAAGCGGUUCGUGGGCAACCGAGGCAGCCAAUACUAAAUACUUGGGUCUUGACGGUUACUUUAUCAUUCUCUUCAACCUUCAUAUUGAUCGGUUCCCGCUUGUUCUCUCCGACGAAGUUCGUCAUGCCGUUCCGACCUCGUGGGAUCCCUUUGCCCUUGCCAGAUUCAUAGAGAAAUAUGGGACGCACAUAAUUGUGGGGUUGAGCAUUGGUGGGCAAGAUAUGCUGCUAGUUAAGCAAGACAAAUCUUGUGAGUUGGGGCCAUCAGAGCUCAAAAAACACUUGGAUGAGCUCGGAGAUCAGCUUUUUACAGGGACAUGCAAUUUCUCCCCACACGACCCCAAAACCAAAGAGAAGCCACCGCAGGCUUUCAAUGUCUUCAAUCCACAAACUGUUGCCUACAAUAGCUUCUCAUGUGUCAACGAAAAAGAUGGAAUCAGUGUUAUAUGUUUCAAAAGGGGAGGUGAUCCAUGUGUGAAUAGCCACUGCGAGUGGCUUCUAACGGUUCCAUUAAAUCCGGACGCAAUUAACUACAGGGUCAUCCCCAUCACUUCUCUACUUAGAGGUGUUCCUGGCGAAGGUCUUUUAUCGCACGCCAUCAACCUCUAUCUUCGAUAUAAACCUGGUAUAGCUGAUUUGCACUACUUUCUUGACUUCCAAUCGCACAAGUUUUGGGCCCCGAUUCACAACGAUCUCCCACUCGGUCCGGCUACAAAUCGGCCUAGUACUCCAUUCUCAUCCACCCUCCACUUCAACUUGAUGGGUCCUAAGCUUUUUCUAAACCCUACUCCGCAGGUUACAGUAGGGAAGAGGCCGGUUACCGGUAUGCGUUUGUACCUCGAGGGCAUGAAAUGCAACAGGUUAGCUAUACAUCUGCAACAUCUAUCAAAUACUCCAGCGAUGCUGGAUAACAGGGUAGAUGAAACGUCGUUAUGGCGUGGAUCAGAAGAUAUUGCCGAUGAUCGAUACUUGGAAGCAAUCCACAGAAAGACGUUUUCCCACAUAUGCACAGCGCCGGUUAAAUAUGACCCUCGAUGGAGGUGUGGUGACGUAAGCUUGAUUGUGACAGGAGCUCAGCUUCAUGUGAAGGAACAUGACUCCAAGAGUGUCCUCCAUCUCAAGCUCUUGUUCUCUAAGGUGUCGGAUUCUUUCAUUGUUCAAUCAACUUGGGCACAAGGCGGUUCCCCCGGGUUCUCCCAGAAGUCGGGCAUUUUCUCUGCUAUAAGUACAUCAAUUUCGGGAAACCCAGUGAAAAAGAAAGAAGCAGCUGUGGUGGUGGAUUCCGGUGUGUUUCCUACAGGACCUCCGGUGCCGGUUCAAACACAAAAGCUUCUAAAAUUUGUAGACAUGUCACAGAUAUGUAAAGGCCCACAAGAUAGUCCUGGGCAUUGGUUAGUCACCGGAGCAAGGCUGCAAUGGGAGAAGGGGAGGAUUUGUUUACAUGUCAAGUUCUCCUUACUAAACAUUUGUUCAUGACACAAGAGGAUGAUGAAUGAAAAUAGAGAUAAAAAAAAUUUGCUGCCA